GCAUUUCCCUUCUCUGGUAGGUGUGUCCGAUUUCAACGUCGAGUGGGCGCGCGCGUUUGUUUACAUCUCGCUGGUCUCACGCAAAUGCGGGGGACAGCAAUGUUCUGCGCGAUCUGCUGACCUCUUUCGCCUUUUUCGUCGUACACAACGUAAUAGUUCGUAGGUGGUGCCCUGACGUGAAGGAUGCGCGCAGAAUCAUUCUAAAAAUCUGUUUAGAUUUCUCCAUUUAUUGAGUGUCCUUCAGCCACGAUUCCAGCUCUUUGACCAUCAUGGUUGUCACUGACGAGAACAAGAAAGUUGGCAAGAAAAACCCAGAGAAAGAUCUGCUGAAGGGGAGCAAACGAGCGGCUCCAAACAGAAAGUCACCCGCCUUGCUGGCCGCCAUGCGACAGGCCAAGCAGGCCCACAAAAAGGCCUCCAGCAGGGACGUCCUCGUCGCCAACCCUUACCAAGUGGCUGAAGAGUCAAAGGACAGAGUCCAGGGAGCGACGGCCAUGAUUUCCGAACCGCGAAUGGCAGAGCACCUGUGCCACUGGGAUCGCAGCUACCCCGAGUGCCCGGAACGGCUAACCAAAACCGUGGAACGGUGCAAGGAGCUCGGCCUGCUGGACAGGUGCUCUUCCCUACAGCCUUACUCUGCCUCCACUGAGGACGUGUUGGCCAUUCACACGGAGAAGCUGGUCAACCUGCUCAAGGGCACCGACAAGAGCGAGAACUGGGACCAACUCGAGGAGAUCUCUUCUCGAUACGACGCCAUUUAUAUCCACCCGACUACUUAUGAAAUGGCUUUUCUCGCUGCUGGCUCCGCCACAAAGCUGGUGGAGGCUGUCUGUAAGGGAGAGGCGCAAAAUGGCAUGGCCCUCAUCAGGCCUCCAGGUCACCAUGCGAUGGAGGACGCCUUCUGCGGCUACUGCUUCUUCAACAACGUCGCUGUGGCCGCCAAAAAAGCGCUGGACAACGGUUGGGCGCGCAAGGUGCUUGUCGUGGACUGGGACGUGCACCACGGCCAGGCAACGCAGCAGCAGUUUUACUCUGAUCCGCGCCUCCUCUACUUCUCAGUGCACCGCUACGAGCAUGGCUCUUUCUGGCCCAACCUCAAGGAGUCCGACUUCAACUUCGUGGGCGCGGGGCCCGGCGCUGGCUGCAAUGCCAACGUCCCGCUCAACCGCACUGGAAUGGGCGACGCGGACUACUUAGCUAUUUUUCACCACCUGCUUUUGCCUCUUGCACACCAGUUCGCACCAGAUCUUGUUUUGGUUUCCGCUGGCUAUGACUCAGCUCUCGGCGAUGAAAAGGGUGAGAUGAACCUGACUCCUGCUCUUUACGCGCAUCUGACCAACAUGCUAUCUGUCCUCGCCAAUGGCAAACUCGCCAUCUUAAUGGAGGGUGGAUAUUGUCUCCGCUCCCUCGCAGAGUCGGCCGCUCACACCCUGCGAGCGCUGCUGGGUGACCCUUGCCAACCGCUAGGCAGCCUGCCUGCUCCCUCCGACAGCAUUUGCGAGUCGAUCGUCAACACGCUGUAUUCCCUACGGCCCUUCUGGGACGUGUUCAAGUACCAUCCCAACUUGAAGGACGAACGCGCCGACCAGUUGAAGAUUCACUUCCCUGAGGUGGUGUGGAAGGGGCCUGACGAGCCCCCUGCCACUGUUUUUGCCACCAGGGACUGCUACCCGCUGCAGAGCGACGAGUUUAAGGCCCGCGUCAACGCUAAACUCGACUCCAUCAUGAAUGGCUAUGACCUGAGUUUUCCUACUCACCGCCUGGGACUGGUCUACUGCGAGUCCAUGAUGGACCACGUGAACGAGGGCGAGAUAACUCAUGUUGAGAGCCCCAAACGCAUUUCUACCAUCUAUGAAAGGCACAAAGAAUUUGCCUUGCUAGAGCGUUGCCUCCUUCUGCAGCCAAAGAAAGCAAGCUUGGAUCAGUUGAAGAAGGUACACUCGGAGAGUCACGUGCAGAGGAUGCAAAACACCAGCCUGAAGUCUUCAGGCGUGCUGGCAGACAUGGCGCAGGCCUUCAAUUCUAUCUACCUCAACAAGGAAACUUUCAAAUGCGCUGAACUAGCUGCUGGUUGUGUCGUGCAGGCUGUCGACUCUGUGAUGACAGGAAAGUGUCGAGCCGCAGCGGCUAUCGUCCGUCCGCCAGGACACCACGCCAGCGCCUCCACCCCUUGUGGUUUCUGCAUAUUUAAUAACGUUGCCGUCGCUGCCCAGCAUGCGCUCGACACAUACAACCUUGAAAGAAUAUUGCUACUUGACUGGGAUGUCCAUCACGGAAAUGGGACGCAAGAGAUGUUCAAGAAAGAUCCAAGGGUGCUGUAUGUAUCAAUGCACAGGUACGACAACGGCACCUUCUUCCCUGCCAAUAUUUCCACGCAGGAAGCAGAGGCAGCAAGUGCGGAUUACGUCGGAGUUGGACAGGGCGUGGGCUAUUGCGUCAACAUCCCGUGGAACAAGAAGGGAAUGGGAGACCCAGAAUAUCUGGCUGCCUUCCUGCAGGUGGUUUUGCCCAUUUCGUACCAGUUCAAUCCUCAACUGGUGCUGGUAUCUGCUGGCUUUGACGCUGCCGUUGAUGAUCCUCUUGGAGGUUGCAAGGUCAGUCCAGAGAUGUAUGGUCUGAUGACGCGGUGGCUGCAGGGUCUGGCUGGGGGCCGGCUGGUGGUUGCCCUGGAGGGAGGUUACAAUGUUACAAGCAUUUCUUACGGCUUCACCAUGUGCAGCAAGGCCCUACUCGGCGACCCUAUCGCCAGCGUGGAGUCGACAAGGAUGGCGCCAAACCAGAGUGCCGUCGCCAGCAUCCGCAAGACGCAGCAGGCGCACAAGCCGCACUGGUCCUGCCUUAAAUUUUACGACUACUGUCUGCCUAACCGAGAUGGAGAGGUCCCUAUGGGAAGUUACGACUCAAAGACAGAGACCGACGAGCUUGACCAGGCCAUGUCCAGUCUUAGUCUGUCCUCCUCGCUUUCCCCUGGCGUGUCCUCGACACAGUCCCCUGUCGACUCGGACAAGCCUAGCUUCUCGGAAGCGAGCACCUCUCAGGGCAUCUCCUCCAGUGCGGCUUCGUCACCUGAAGGGGAAACCAUCACCCUCGACUCAGGAGAGAAGCAACAAGCUGCUGGCCAAACUCUGGAGGAUUAUCUUCGUGAAUUACAAGCGCAAGGAGAUGAGUUUAGCUUGGUUGUCCCUAUUUCCGACUGUCCCCAUUUGGACAGGGUAGAGCCCUUACCUGAGAAGGGAAUCGACUUGAGUGAGAAGUGUGCCGGGUGCCAAUCUGAGGCGGAGAACUGGACCUGCCUCACUUGCUACUCGGUGAUGUGCGGACGGUAUGUUGAAGGACACAUGAAACUGCACAGCGAGCAGCACUCGCACCCGUUGGUUCUCAGCUUUUCUGACCUCUCUGUCUGGUGUUACGGCUGCGAAAGCUACGUUGACGCGCCGGCUGUGCAUGAAGCCAAAAAUGCAGCUCACUUGGCCAAGUUUGGCACUGAGAAGCCGUGGACGUACGGAGAGACCAUUAAAAUGGAAUAAUUUACUAA